AUGACUAAAUUACAAUAUCUGAAUGUGUAUCUAACUGAGCGUUUGAUGCAAGCUGCCGAGGAGAUACUUGGAGUGGUCGGAGACACGAUCUCCGAGUACCAGGAAGAAAUAGCCCGGACGAAGAGAGAAAACCAAUACCUGAAACGACACUUGAUCACACCAGUCUUACCUGGUAUGUAGCUAGCAAGACUACUGUACUUCUCAUUUACACGAAUUAUCUAAACGUUACAUUGUAUUUUACAGUGUUUGACUCAGUGGGGCAGAGAGACGGUGAAUCCCUAGCUCUCAAACUCGUAAGCGGCAUUCUGCCUUCUCCCUAUAGUUUUCAGCCAUUAUCUUCGCCCACGACUACCUCAUGUGAACUACAAUCCCGACACUGUGUUUUAACGUUUAGAAACUUCAAUAAUCAUUGCUUGCGAUACGGCUUUCGAUACAUAUGGCCCUCAUCUUUCAUCAACGAGAGAGUGGAGUUACCACUAGUGAUUGGUCGUUGGCGAACGAACGGCUCUUUUUUGCUCCCUGAUUUGCAUACUGUUACUACUGCCUUUUCAGCUUCAAAACAACUAUUAUCUGCAAAUAAGGUACAAAAUCAUUCUCCGAAGAUGGUAAAUCCUCACUGCAGAAACAAAUCGUUUGGAGAGCACGUAAUACUGGUCUACGCUCAUUUUUGCAGUAAGAUUUUGUUAUGUCUAAAAUGGCUUAAGGACAGCAAAGUCAAGGUAUUGGAGUGGCCAUCACAAAGCCCUGACCUCAAUCCUAUAGAAAAUGUGUGGGCAGAACUGAAAAAGCGUGUGUGAGCAAGGAGGCCUACAAACCUGACUCGGUUACACCAGCUCUGUCAGGAGGAAUGGGUCAAAAUUCACCCAAUUUAUUGUGGGAAGCUUGUGGAAGGCUACCUGAAACGUUUGACCCAAGUUAAACAAUUUAAAGGCAAUGCUACCAAAUAUUAAUUGAGUGUAUGUAAACUUCUGACCCACUGGGAAUGUGAUGAAAGAAAUAAAAGCUGAAAUAAAUCAUUCUCUCUACUAUUAUUCUGACAUUUCACAUUCUUAAAAUAAAGUGCUGAUCCUAACUGACCUAAGACAGGGAAUUUUUACUAGGAUUAAAUGUCAGGAAUUGUGAAAAACUGAGUUUAAAUGUAUUUGGCUAAGGUGUAUGUAAACUUCCGACUUCAACUGUAGCCAGCACUGCCAUCAUCCCCUUUACCACUUCACCAAAUAUUUCCCAAACAUGACUUUUCUGGCCCUACCUUCUCAUUAUUUUCAGCUCUUUAUUUUGCAGCUUUUCUCCUAUUGAAUUAAACUCCGACAUUGUCCUUUUUGCCUCAGUGGAUCAACAUUAACUUUUUCUGCCCCUUCCCAAAAGCCUUUGGCGAAUAGGCUAUUUUGCGCGGGUACAGUUGGGCCCUAAAGCUUUACAGGCUUACGCACUAAUGCCAGAUAGCCCAAAAAGAAUGAAAGAAAAACCUUAAUGUAGCCUAUAGAUAUAAAUUGCACACGAAUUGUAUAUACUUUUUAUCGUUUCUCUUCAUUCAACCCGCCACCCUUUAUCCAUACAAUAUUUCAAGACCCCUCCUUCGGAUAUAACUACGGGGACUGCGGGUUAUGAGCCAACCCGCGCAUCACUACAAUAAACCCAUCAACUUCUGGACACACUUGUGACUUGAAUGAUGGAAUUCCUGUUCCACUUAAAUAAUAAAACAAGCAUGAAAUUGUAAUUACCCCCUGUCGUUUUACAAUAUAUAUUUUACCUUUAUUUUAAACAGUGAGUCCCAUUGAGACCAAGGUCUCUUUUGCAAGUGGGCCCUGCAUCUUACACAACAAAUUACAGGAAAUACACCAGGAAAUAAACUCUUUAAAUCGAGCAGUAGCAAAAAAAGAAGGGGAAAAAAAGUCAUGGUGUACAAGACACCUGUCUGAUUCACUCCUGUCUGGGUGGACUAAUCCAUUGUGGAGGUCGUGGGGCACAGUCCAUCACUCUAAGACAUGCUACUGAAAAUGUAUAUGGUUAAGGACAAUGGUGCAACACUAAUACAAAUUAUUAUUUGUUUUUUAAUGGCUUUCUCCCGCGUUUGAAAGCGGUCGCGGUUCUGAAACAUAAGUGCACUGUUGAAUUGGCGCUUUUUCCUAGACCAUGUUGCUAUGUGCAUAAUAGCAAAGUUAACCAGCAUAUUGGAGUUGAGAACAAUGUGUUGAGUAAAUAGCCCUUGCCUUAAUUGUCUAAGAGAAGUGAGUAGAGGGGAAACCAACUUAAUUAGGCCUGUAAUCGAUAGCCUAACUGUUAAAUGUGCCUGGCUUUAUAAAUCAUCACACACAGUGCAUUCGGAAAGUAUUCAGACCCCUUGACUUUUUCCACAUUUUGUUACAUUACAGCCUUAUUCUAAAAUGAUUAAAUACUUUUUUCCCCCCUCAAUCUACAAACCCUAUAAUGACAAAAUGAAGACUGGUCUUUAGCAAUUUUUGCAAAUGUAUUAUAAACAGAAAUACCGUAUUUACAUAAGUAUUCAGACCCUUUGCUAUGAGACUUGAAAUUAAGAUCAAGUGUAUCCUGUUUCCAUUGAUCAUCCUUGAGAUGUGUAGAACUUGAUUGGAGUCCACCUGUGGUAAAUUCAAUUGAUUGGACAUGAUUUGGAAAGGCACACACCAGUCUAUAUAAGGUCAUACAGUUGACAGUGCACGUCAGAGCAAAAACCAAGCCAUGAGGUCAAAGGAAUUGUCCGUAGAACUCCGAGACAGGAUUGUGUCGAGGCACAGAUCUGGGGAAUGGUACCAAACUACCAGACUCUUCCUAGAGCUGGCCGCCCGGCAAAACGGAAUACUUACGUAAAUGUCAUUUCAGUUAGAUUUUUAAAAAUACAUUUCUAAACCUGUUUUUGCUUUGUCAUUAUUGGGUGUUGUGUGUAGAUUGAGGGGGGGAAAACAAUUUAAUCAAUUUUAGAAUAAAGCUGUAAUGUAACAAAAUGUAGAAAAAGUCAAGGGGUCUGAAUACUUUCCAAAUGCACUGUGUGUGUGUGCGCACACUACCAGUCAAAAGUUUGGACACACCUACUCAUUCAAGGGUUUUUCUUUAUUUUUACUAUUUUCUACAUUGUAGAAUAGUGAAGACAUCAAAACUAUGAAAUAACACAUAUGGAAUCAUGUAGUAACCAAAAAAAGUGUUAAACAAAUCAAAAUAUAUUUUCGAUUCUUCAAAGUAGCCACCCUUUGCCUUGACAGCUUUGCACAGCCUUGGCAUUCUCUCAACCAGCUUCACCUGGAAUCCUUUUCCAACAGUCUUGAAGGAAUUCCCACAUAUGCUGAGCACUUGUUGGCUGCUUUUCCUUUGGUCUGCGGUCGAACUCAUUCCAAACCAUCUCAAUUGGGUUGGGGUCGGGUGAUUGUGGAGGCCAGGUCAUCAUAUGCAGCACCCUAUUGGUCACGUGCAUGUGAUUAAAAAAAAAAAACAAUCGAUUGGUCGAAAGAACAGAGGACUCUCGGUCGGCGAAUAUUUUUUUUAAAAGUCGGUGACAGCCCCUUUCGCAUGAAAACAAUUUGGAAAGCAAAUGGCAGUUGCUGUAAAAAGAAGACCAUGAAAAUACUAUUUUAGUCAUACAAAUUUUCAACUUCAUUGAGCGAACAGUAUAGCCCAUCUUAUUGGCAACAGCAGAGAGCAUCGGCUAUAUCCCCGGUGAGUGCAUACUGCGCAUAUUCACUCUUUAUCAUUGUUGGGUAAGUGCCACUUGAAUGUUUAUUUUUGGACAAUAAUUUCCUCCUCUAGGUUAAAUGGACAUCAUAUUGUAUUAGUUUCUCCCCGUCUUGUAGGCCUAUUAUAUGAAAUCAGACAACGGUGUUAGCAGAGUAGGCUACCCUGUACUUUUUGUUGUAUAAAAAAAUAUUCUGCUAAUGUCUCCAGUCAUAUAAAACGUAGUAGAAUGGCAUGAAAUUGGUUCAUAAAAAUGCCAAAUUUUUCCAGUUGAAAGAAAGGAGAAGAAACGUAUCUGAUAUAGCUUAUAGACUAUACCUACUCUACGCCACUACGCGCUCAGCCAUGCAUUGAAUGGUCUUUUGUGUUUGAGUUAUAUUAUUAGCAAAAAUUAUGAAUAUCUAAUCUACUCAUCACAUUAGGAAUAGUAGGCUAACAAACAUAAGUCUGCAAAUGCGAUGUAUGGAAUGCUUUAUUAUAAAAGGUGCAUUAUUAUGGUGAAAAUUAGCUUGCCCAAACUUCACUCACUCGCCGCCUAUGCGCUGUUACAACACACAAAAAUAAUGCAGUGCCUUUAUGGGAUUCUACUUCGCUCUGAAGCGGCAGCAUUGCUGGCUCGGUCGAAGUGGUUAUCGGAGGGACUAACUAGCCCCUACACAAGGGGUUCCCGAACUUCUUUGGCCCGCGACUCCAUUUUGAUCAAUGUUUUUCCGCGACCACACAAUGUAUAAAAAACAGUGACGUAAUCAACGGCCAAUGUUUACUUUUUAAAAUUGAGGCUAUGACGGUUACAAAUCAGUCUGACAGUACUUUUGAUAGUAUAAAAAAAAAAGUAUAUCUCGCGACCCCAUUUUCAAAAGGUCGCAACCCCUAGUUUGAGAAACCCGGCCCUACACCCUCCAUAAUUUUCACUCCCUCAGCUUUGGGACAUUUGUACAUAUGGCGAAGGCAUGCGUGAAUGCGCAAAUGGAGGGGCGAGGGGAAGGGAAAGGGGUGAUUUGGGAUUCAGACAGACAUAGCUAUGCCAUUCUCAGAACAAGCUAGCUAACACAAUGGUGGUCUUGUCAAUCAAGCGUCAACAGCUGUCAUUACUUACAUUGAUGUCAAUUGUCUUCUUUCCCCCAGCUCCUCAGCCCAUUCUCUCUUGGGUCUCAGAGCAGCAAACACCCCCUGAGCAACAGCACUGUGAGCAGGAGUGGAGCCCCAGUCUGGGGCAGAGGGACCCAGAGCCCACACAGAUUAAAGAGGAACAGGGUGAACUCAGGACCCGUCAGGAGGUAGAGCAGAUUGAAGGGCCGGAGGCUGAUACCAAAGAAGACAACAUAUCCAUUCCUCCCUGUGUGAAAAGUGAUCAGGAGCCACCUCAGCCCACACAUCUUCCCCAAACUGUGGAGAACAGAGAGAGGGACUCUCUACUGACUAACACAACUGGACAGAUCAAAACAGAACCUGAUGGAGAGGGCUAUGGAGUAUCACUAUCAGAACCAACCAGUGACUCCCCUCAGUCUCAGCCCCUCUCUGCAGUAAAUCUAGACUGUUCUAGAACACAGAGUGAGAACGCUGAAAGUGUUCCUGAUGUUCCGAGAGAUCUAGAAAGGAGACCAGAGGAGGACACACAGACACACUCAUGUACUCAGUGUGGUGCCGUGUUCUGUGAGCUAUCCCAACUGGAGGCACACAUGCUUGCCCACACAGUACCACACAGUGGUGACACU